AAUCAAGCAUGUCUUUUUACGUCACAGAAUUUGACAGAUACAUGUAUGACACGACUACACGCUUACUGAAAAAUACGUGCUAAGAUAAUCGAUUUAAUGCAGUGUAAUUAUGUCAAUUAGGGUUCAAUUAUGGUAGCAACGUUACUGAAUACCAGGUGACUAUAGAGUAACAGAUUGAUUGGAAGAUUAACAAUGUGGAUGAUAUGUGACAAUAUGCGGGGCUUUAUGGCCUCAAGGCCUCCAUUAGUUUUGUUUAUGCUAUGCCUUGGAAUAUUCGCUUUUAUACUUCUCACUGUGGGCUAUGUAAUCAAGGUGAAUGAUAUCAGAAAUCCAGAUGAAAAGGAUUGGAAUGAUUUUCUGGCAGGUUUUAAGAAUGUACAAUUUUGUAUGGUAUCGGAUGAUCUAGAUUCUAUAAAUAGUACAGAUGACGAUGGUCAUCUUGGCAGCAAGAAUGUUAAACAGGUCAUUUCUGAUGUACAUUCCAAAUUAAAAGGGGAAACCCCACAGACUACAGAGAACCCUGGUAGUUCAGAAGAUAUUAUUAUGGUAUCAGUACCACUGUGGGUGGAGGUUAAACCAACAUUAGACUUUGUCAGCAUACCACACAAUGUGACACAUCUUAGUACAAGAAUGAGUGGGAAACAAAUGGGCAUGGAAGGUGAUAAUGCUAAUACCGAGUUUAAUGUGACGUUAACUCUACCAUACCAGUGGAAUUCCUCAUUAUGCCAUUCCAACACACAGUGUAAAGUUAUACUUAUACAGACGUGCGUCCAGCUUCAAGCACCACAAAAACUCUUCCCACAUUCCAAGAAACCAAGUAUAGGACAGUGUAGGACAGAUAAUGGGACAGGCGGAGUUGAGAGCCAUUUUAAGAUGAUCAGUAAGCGACGAUCAGCUGUGCGACCUAUUGAUAUUGUUUGUAACAGUAUGCCCUCGUUUACAAUGAAACAUGAGAGUGAUCCUACAUUAGCGAUCAUGUUAUCUCUGCAAGACAAAUCGGCAAUUAACCUACAUUUGAUGCACACGACCUACUUUCUAUUUGUCAUGGUGAUUACGAUGAUGUGCUAUGGCCUAGUUAAAGGACGACCUACAACCACCAAGGUCAAGAAUCAUGUCCAGUAUUCAGAGGUGUCAACUCAGGUGUAAGGAAGAGUUUAUGCUGCCGUUACUAUUGGAGAUUAGCUGAAGUGUAAGCACAAAUGGUGUAAGACGUUGCCUUUAUCAUUGUGAUUUAUAAAAACGAAACAAAAUUGAUAACUUUAAUACAAGUGUGCAAUAUUUCGUGUCUCGAGUGGCGAAGUCUGUGCUGGAUAUCAAAAUAAACUAGAAGAAAAACUUGAGUUUAUUGGCCAAUAAGGUGUCACCAUUUAUUGACCAAUAGGAAGACUGCAUUUACCGACCAAUAGGAAGACAGCAUUUAUUGACCAAUAGGAGGGCAACAUUUAUUGACAAGGUUGAAAGUAUUGUUAUAAUUCAAGGAACAACUAGAUCUUUAUUUUAUUGACAAACAGAUAUACAAGUGAGAAAGAUAUAUGUUGGUUGAGUUUUGAACUUGUGUGUGUAGCCCCUGUACCACCAGUAAUGUUUUAUGGAUUGGAACUGCUGUGAAUUUUUAGGUCUGUAAUGUCAAAGACAUUUUUUGAACAGACGAGUCAAUUUGAGCAGACAAUAGUUUAUAGAUUACAAAGGUUAGAGUUCACUAAGAAGAAGGUUGGUCAUACUUUAUAUUGGUGGUGUAGGUACAUUAUUAUGGCGACUGGAACUCUAUCUGUGUUAAUGAAAGCCAAGCUUAUAAUCAGGGUUGUAUUUUGUUUCAGUGAAGUGCUGUUUGUUAUACAUAUAAUGUUGUCUGUUUCUAUAGACACUAAAUUUAAAAUUUGUGUUAAUAAUGAAUGUUAUAUUAUUUAUUUUUGAUAUUUAAUCCAUAUGUGUUGUUUUGUAUAAAGUUGGGAUUCUUUUGUGGUUAAAUUUAAUAUAUAAUAUGAUAUAUAUGUAAAUGCAAUUUUGAAAUAUUGGUACUCAAAAGUGGGUUUAUUCAUUGCCUUUAAUACACAAAGAUUAUAAUAUGUAGAAUUGAUUAGCCUGGCUCUAUACUGCUAGCAUAUUUUAGGAAAGCAUAACUAAAAGCUUUCGAAAAGUAAAUUGUUGUUUCAUCUUAAGGACAAAAAAACACUAAAUCUCAGAUUAGAUUAUUCAGUAAAACCAAAGCCAUUAAGAAAAUGAAUAACUCUGAGUAAGUUAACAAUUAGAGAGUAUUCAAUGAGACAACAGAUUACUAAAAAUAGCAAAUUAAAUUUAUUAUUUCUGUGCUGAAUUUGUGGAAUGGACUUGCGGGUUUGUCAACUGUACAAGGCUAGAUCAAACUAUACGGAAGCCUGCUAUUUUGGCAUAUAUGUGUGUUAUUAAAAAAAUAGAUAUAAAUUUUGAUGUGUUGUAAAAAAAAAUUGUAGAAUAAUGCACAGUUCGAGUUCAAAUCCCCAGGAAUGUUAACAAUAAGGCCGAGAGACCUGAGUGAUUAAUUACAAAGCAAUUUAACUAUAAAUGAUGCAUAAUUGUAUUAUAAUGCAAGAAAAAAUUAUAUCUAUUACCAUUCUAACAUGCUUACAAAAGUAUGUUUAACUACAUUUAGCAUAGACAAA